AAACCAAAAAUAAAAAACGAAAAAAUUAAAUAUUUAUCGGAUCUUCUGACUUGGCAGUGACGUGGCGCGUUGACCGUUAGUCAACGCGUUUGACCGUCCAAGUUAACGGUCAAACAUCGGGUUUGGCCAAAUUGUUUAUUUUGGUGUAUAGUUCGGGCCAUGAUGUUAUAGAUCGAAAAGAUUGGCCAGGAUGUUUAUUUUGGUCAAAAUUCAGGCCAUACGAAAAUAUUAACCCUUUCCAAUAUUCCAUCUGUGUCCUUAACUAUUAUUCUGUUAGUGUUGACCGUUAGUAUUUAACAGAAAAUCCAAUCAGCGUUGACAUGGCAUCUGACGUGGAAUUUUCAUUAUCAAUUUUUAUUUAUUUUUCCAUCUAAAAUAAUUAAAACAAGGAAAACAAAAUGAAAAAUCCCAAAAUCUUUCCCUCUCCCUCUCCCAUCUCACAAUCGACACAAUCGACAGAUUUCAAUCCCUUAAUUCAAUCCCCUUCGCUCUCCGAGCUCCAGAUCUACGGCUCUGUUGGAAGUCACUGUUUUCAUCCACCCACUACUACUUAUCCGAUCGGCGGCCAGAGAGCUCGAAAUCUUCUCCACUGUUCGUCGUUGUCGAAGAGAUGGUGGAUUCAAAUCCGGCGAAUAGUAAUCUUCUCCACUGUUCUUCUCCGUUGUUCGUCACUGUUCGUCGUUGUCGAAGAACAAUGAGAGUGGUAUUAGCCCUUUUUACCCCUCCUACCCUUUCCCUUCAAUUUUUGCUUUCCUUUUCCCAUUGUUCUUCCCCUUGCUUUCAUUGUCUCAUCUAUCCACAAUCCACAUGCUCUGUAUAUGUAAAGCUACCUCCAGCUUCAGCCUAAGGUUAGAUUCAUUUUCUAGCAGAGGAUAGGAGAUUUACCACUGAUGCUAGUAAUCGAAGAGUAAUCAACCAGCUUCAGGUAUGGCUGAUUUCAUGAAUGCGCCCCCGAAAUCCGAGGAGCAAGACGAUGUACUGAAGCAGCCGCAGCCGCCGCGGCUCUGCGAUUACUGCAACCAAGCUACCAUCGUGCUGUACUGCAGAGCACAUUCGGCCAGGCUAUGUCUCGCCUGCGACCGUGAAGUUCAUUCCACCAACCAGUUCUUCACCAAACACACUCGAUGGCUGCUCUGCGACGCUUGUGACGCCUCCCCUGCCUCCAUCUUCUGCGAGACGGAGGGCUCCGUUCUCUUCCAGAACUGCGAUUAGGAGACCCACCGUCAUUCCUUCUCCUCGCUUCACAGCCGGAGGCUGAUCGAUGGGUUUAGCGACUGCCCUUCGGUGAAUGAAUUGAUGGGUCUUUUAAGGUUUGAAGAUUUAGGGGUUAAGAGUAAAAAUGGGUUGAUGAUGUGGCAUGUUUAAUUAUUUUGCAUUUUAUUUUGAUUUUGAAUUAAAAAGUAUAUGUGGUAUGAUGUGGCAUCUACGUGGAUGCCACGUUUUCUUCCAUGUCAGCAAAAGUCAACAUCUCUUUGACCACCGUCAGGUCAACCGUUAGAGAUAACAGUCAACGAAAUCGCCAGGAUACAAAUGGCACAAAGUAUCAUAGUUCAGGACACAAAUGGAAUAUUGGAAACAAUAGGACACAAGUGGCAUUUUUGGGAUAGUUCGGGUGUUGUAGUUGUAUUAGCCCAAUUAAAUAAGACAUAAUUCUUUUA